AUGGAUGACCUUGAUGUUUUAGCUCGCGGCUACGGUUUCAGACCCCAAGGCAAAUCGAACCCUAUGAGAUCCGAAGCUGGAGAUCGACGCUCCGCCUCCACUCGAUCCUCAUUCACCGCGAUCUACGAUGACGAUCACGGUGGUCGCGGCGGAGACGGCGGUUUCUUCAACGGCGGACCUCCUAAAUACUAUAGCUAUAGUAAUAGCAACAGCAGCAAGCCGUCCUCAGGGAUGGACGAUUUUGACUAUGAUUCUAUUUUCAAUUCAUCAGCGGCACCGGCUAGCGGCGGUAAUAGUAACAGUACCAAAACAACUUCAGCUCCGGUGUAUGAUAAGCCUGUGUAUGAUGAUGAUAUCUUUAAUGGAUUGCCUGGGGUGAAAAGCAAAUCGGUUUCCUCGGCAUCUAUGGGGAGAUUCGAUGACGAUGGGUUUUCCUCCGUGGCUUCACCCCCUGGAUGGAGCAGUACAGGUAAUAGUAACACUCGCAUUGAUGAGCCAGAUGAUCUUCUCGGAAAAUUAGGCCAGAGUGAGGGGGAGACCAGAAAGACUUCAUCUACUUCGACUGGAUUUGAAUUCUUGGAUAACUUGACGAGAAAAGAGCCAGUACCGGAGGUCAAGAGUAGUAGUAGGAGCUCAAGUUCGCGAGGGUUUGAUGAUAUAUUGAACGGCCUUGGGAGUGGCAAUCCUGCCAGUAGUAAGAGGCCAGUUUCAGAGUCUAGUCGAGAUCCAAAGUCCAGUUCUAAUGUCAUUCAUGAUCCCUUCGUUGUGUUGGAGACUUCAUCUCCUGUUUCUUCAACACCAGGGAUCUUUACAGAUCCACUUGAAGAGAUUGGCAAUCUUGGCAAAUCAGGAACUACGAAACCGGACACUUCUGCUGCUGCUGGUGGAGUUUUUGAUUUUCUGGAUCCACUGAAUGGUUUCGGAACUUCCGCAACUCCUUUUUCACCGGACAAGAGCAGAAUGGAGAAGGAAAAAAGUCCGUCACGAUCAAGCUCGAGGGUGAGUGAGACUCAAACAGCAGGAAAUAGAGAGCACAUUUUGAGAUCUUCUUUUAAACAAUCUGAAAGCCACUUUCAGAGAAAUGCACCUGAGGAGAGUUUACAUGAUUCUCCACUCUUUGAUAUGCCGAAUGCUUCUGCAAAUGCUCCUCAAAAUUCAGUUCGUCAAAAUGCUUCUUCACCGCCACCUGUGAGUGAGAAAUUGAAUGGGACCAACUCCCAGCCAGAUAUGUCUCCACGAUCAGAAGAACAUGCCCAGCAGUAUGAUGAUGUAUGGUUAACUGUGUCAGAGGUUCCUCUUUUCACUCAGCCCACAAGUGCUCCUCCUCCUUCGCGGCCCCCGCCGCCUAUACCAAGACGAACUUCAACAUUAGAAACGGGCUCCUUUCCUUCUAACGCAAGGAAGAAGAGUGAUGACUUUGCUUCACCUCCGGGUUACAGUGCGUACGCGCAAAGUCCCAAAGGUUUUCCUGAUGCUAGCAAAGGAGCUCCUGGUUCACAAAUAGAUGAACUGGAGGAUUUUGCGAGGGGCAGUACCCGUAAUAGCGUUGACAAGGUUAAUUUUCAUUCUGGUGAGGAAAUGAAUGCAAGCUCUGCUGCUGUUGCAUCAGCUGCUGCUAUGAAGGAGGCUAUGGAUAUAGCUGAGGCCAAAUUUAGGCAUGCUAAGGAAGUGCGUGAAAGAGAAUAUGCAAAGGUAGCUAGGAGUCGUGAAUCUACACAAUUAGAUAAAGAUGAACAAGCCAUGUUAGAUGCACAAGAGAGAGAGUUCCGGGAAAAUCAAGAGAGACUGGAGCAGGAGCAGCGCAAAAGAGAAGAAGAGGAGAGAGAGAAGAGGAGACUUGAGAAGGAGAGGGAGAGGGAAAGAGCUAGGGAGAUUGAAAAUGCAAGGGCAAGACAAGCUGUGGAAAGGGCCACUAGGGAAGCGCGGGAGAGAGCAGCUGCUGAAGCUCGCCUAAAAGCAGACCGCGCUGCACAAGCUGUAGCUCGAGAAAAAGCGGAGAGACAAGCGGUUCUGAGAGCACAAGCUGAAGCUCGUGAAAGACUAGCAGCUGAGGCUAAGGAACGGGUAGAGAAAGCUGCUGCUGAAGCUAGAGAAAAGGCAAAUGCAGAAGCCAGGGAAAAAGAAGCAAGGGAUAGAGCUGCUGCUGAAGCACAGCGUCGAGCUGAACGAGCUGCUGCUGAAAGAGCUACUGCCGAGGCUCGGGAAAGAGCUGCUGCAGAAGCUCGAGGAAAAGCUGCUAAUGCAGCUCGCACUGAUCAGCAGAGAUAUGAUAAUAAUGAUCUUGAAUCAUUUUUUGGUGCGGGUUCUCGACCGAGUAGUGCUCCCAGACCGAGAGCCAGUUCUCCUGAUACCAACAAACCCAACACGUCCAAUGCGCCCAACAUGAGGAAAACAUCUUCAGCAGCCAAUGUUCUUGAUGAUCUAUCUUCACUUAUUGGAGUUCCAGGAGCUGCAACAUUUGAAGAAAUUCCAGGAGAGAGUGCAGAAAGAAGAAAAGCUAGAUGGGAGCGAGAAGAAAGAGUACGAAAGCGUGCUAUGGAAGCUGUGGCUGAGAAGAAUAAGCGUGAUCUCGAAGCUAAGGAGGAACAGGAGAAACGAGAUAAACUAGCAGAGACUAUGGAUAUUGAAAUCAAGCGCUGGGCUGCAGGGAAAGAAGGAAAUUUGCGAGCUCUUCUGUCAACCUUGCAAUAUGUGCUGUGGCCUGAAUGUGGUUGGCAACCAGUUUCUUUGACUGACCUGAUUACUGCCAUCUCGGUGAAAAAAGUUUAUAGAAAAGCUACUUUGUGCAUACAUCCUGAUAAAGUCCAACAAAAAGGUGCCACUUCCGAACAGAAGUAUGUUGCGGCAAAGGUCUUCGACUUGCUCAAGGAGGCUUGGAACAAAUUUAAUUCAGAGGAGCUUUUUUGA